GCAGAAACGAGGGAACUGCAAUGAGAGCGACUGCCGAACAACGCACACCCGAAAGACGCCAUGGAGUCCUACACCAGGGUCCCCGGGAUUGUCCUCUGUUAUCUGACACUGGGUUGUCGGUUCAUCUGGGGUGUGGUGGGCCCCCUGCAGGGUUCGGUGGAGUUGCCCUGUGUCCACCAUCAGCCGUCGGGCUCUAUAGAGGAGUUCACCGUGUACUGGCAGAAGAAGAAUGUUCCGGAGGAUCUGGUGGUGGCCACGAUCAUAGCGGGGAAGGUGGAUACAAGAUAUGUCAGUGAGAUCUUUAGGGGUCGCGCUCACUUCAAUCCUGAGGGGUUACAAGAUGGGAACUACAACCUCACCCUGAGCAACCUCUCCCUCCAGGACAGCGGCGAAUACAAGUGCAUCAGACUGCGCAACACCAAUCAGGACCCCAAGAUCACUGAAACACAGCUGGAGGUCAGAGAGUUCAGCACUCCGGUGGUCGGCGACGUGUCCUCCACACAUAAGCUGCCGACCGGCAAUGAGUGGAACCUGACCUGCACAUCGAAAGGAGGACUUGAGCUGCCGAGAAUAAUAUGGAUUAACGCUACGGACGGGAGAGAGGUCCGAGGUGGUCGUGUCCACAAGGACAUUCAGCAGAUUGGAGACCUCAUCAAUGUGACCAGCACCAUCACCCUCAACAUCACGUCCACCAUCAACAUCUCGUGUGUCAUAGUCACCAAGAAUGGAAACGUGACGUCUGAGCCUUAUAAGAUGGAAGUUACAGAGGAAGAGGAACGGUCCAGUCCCCACACCCUCAUGGUGUCCCUCAUCAUUGGAGGGGUAGUAGCAGUGGCCCUCACCGUCAUACUGGUCAAAUGGGGACAUAUUAAUUCAAAGUGUCCCCCAUCAUACAGAGUCCCGAACAACCAAACAGAAGAGCUGUGAAGAGUCUGAGGCAGGAACUCCAAUCCUCAGGAGCGGAGCAUCUGACACUUCAGGGGCGGAGCAUUUCACACCUCAGGAGCAGAGCAUCUCAGAUUUAGGGGUGGAGCAUCUCAAACCUUAGAGGCGAAGUGUCUCAAACCUCAUGGGUCAAUCUCAGACCUCAGGGGUGGACCUUUUCUCACCACAGGGAUGCAUUGACUGUCUCACACCACAGCAGCAGACCUUCCCCCAACUGGGACAGACCAUCUCAGAUCUCAGGGGUGGUCCUUUUCUCACACAGAGAUGCAUUGACUGUCUCACACCACAAGGGCGGACCUUCUCCCAACAACUGGGACAGACCAUCUCUGAUCUCAGGGGUGGUCCUUCUCACACCACAGAGGUGGACUGUCUCACAAAUUAGAGGAGGACCUUCUCACACCACAGGGAUGGGCCAUCUCAAACCACAAUGGCCGACCGUCUCACACUGUGGGGUCUGGACAGAUGGUUGUGGCACAAAGUCUGAAUGGUCUGAAGCCUCUGGGUCCAGGAUGAUUGAGGAGCCCGGAGCUCAGCAGAUAGGGUCCGUGGACGGUCAUGUGGACAUUCAGGAUGCCCCGGGUUCUGGCUUCAAGUAAUGGCUUUGUGUGAUGUUCUCUCAUAUGGAGUAACAUAGAAGACUGGGGAAUCAUGGGACUUUCAGAGAUGCCGACACUGGGCCCCUGCCAGGAACCCUGCCGACUAGGAUGUUACACCCCCAACAUUGCUUUAUAUCAAUCCCUUGUCCUAAUAAGCCAAGCUCCAGUGACAGCCAUCAAGUGGGGCCCAAAUCCCCAGAGCAGCAACUCCACCCUCUAUGAUGCCAAUAGUGAAGUACAUUACCCAGCAUGCAUAGCUUCUGGGAAACUUCUGCGGUCCGAGAUCACAUUUCAUAAACGUGUCCAAGGUCAGAAACCUCAAGUAGAAGCUUCUUCACCAGUGUAGACUAAACUGGACCCUAAAACAGCCCAGUGUUAUAGAGCCAGUAAUUGGGAACUAAACUGCAGUAUUGUGUGGGCACUAUGUGGCGGCAUAACGUGGGCCAGUCACUGGCAUGUGCCAGUAUUGUCAGUAUCAACUAAUGUUGGAAUCAAGUUUUUAUGUUACAUCUACAUACAUUGGUGUUUUGUUUUUUACAUCUUUAUGAAGAAAUAAUCCUGACAUCCUGUAGUUUUCUCCCCGGCCACUGAGCCUAACAAUAGACUGACACUUCUAUAGAGAUCACAUCUCCUCUAUUAUAAACCUGGAGAAAAAUAACACAAUUGCCUACAGAAAUCAAUGGGCAAUGCUCACAGUUCACCUCCUACCUCCUGCAAGGCAAUCUCUGCAAGAUCACAGAGCAUGCCCACAACACUCCCCCAUAGAAACAAUUAGAUGAUGAUCACAGCUUACCAUCUACUUUAUUGUAACUUUUGGACAGGUCACAGAGCAUGCCCACAACACUCUCCAGUAGAAGUAAUUAGAUGAUGAUCCCAGCAUACUAUCUACUUUCAUUGUAACUUCUGUAAAGGUCACAGAGCAUGCCCACAAAACUCUCCCAUAGAAGUUAUUAGAUGAUGAUCCCAGUUUACCAUCUACUUUCAUUGUAACUUCAGUACAUGUCACAGAGCAUGCCCACAACACUCUCCCACAGAAGUCAUUAGAUGAUAAUCCCAAAUAAAUCUCCAAUCCCCUUCAAGAGGGGAAACCCCCCUUUUCUGGGGAACAGUACCCUAACUAAUAACCCAAUUAAAAUUUAACUUUUAUUAUUAUAUUUAACUUUUAUAUUUAACUUUUAUUAUUAU